CUUCUAGGUUUGGGAAGGAAGGUAGGAUUUACUAAAGCUGGUGCAGCAUGUGAAAGUCCAACACAUGCGACUUUCUCCUCCUUUCUCCUUUCUUUUUUACACAUCGUGUAGUCUGUCUCUGAUCAUAAGCAAUUCCACCGCACUGAUUUCUCCUCUGAAAUGCCGUCAUGCCACGCGUGAAUGUCAGCUGGAUUAUUACGGUGCUCACGGUGGAGCUCGCGACGCUGUCCGCAGCGCACGCUCACAGCUGUCACGAGGUGAAAACGGCGUUUCAGGUGCGUCAGAUCGGCCAGCUGAAAUGGGUGCCGGAAACACCUGCUACAGAUGUGGACCUGUCAAUAUGCAAGCAUGCUGGGCCGUCAUGCUGUACGCGAAGAAUGGAAGAGAGCUACAGAGCAGCGGUCUUGAGAGACACCACCCAGAACAUCAGAUCAUACAGCUUUGAGCUGAAAUAUCUAAUUUCUGAGCAUGCUGCCGCCUUCCAGGAUACGUUCCAGUCUCUAAUCACCUUCUCUCAGAAUCACCUGACCUCUCUGUUCGAGACCACAUACUCUUCCCUCAUGUCGCCCAUCUCCCCUCACAUCGUCUGCCUCUUCACUGACCUUUCUCGCUUCCUUCAGGGCACCGGCAAUGUCUCUGUUGAAACUGCUGUCCAUCGUCUCUUCGACAAUCUCUUCCCAUUAGUCCACACUCGUAUUGUCAAUCCCGGCAUGGCUGGGAGCAUUGGAGAGGACUCUUAUAAUGGAAACCAGCUUGGUGACUGCCUCCGCAUGACAAGGCAGGAUAUUAACCCCUUUGGGCCGCACCCUAAGGCGAUGGCAGAUACACUUGCAAGCGCGUUGCGGGCAGGCCGGGUGCUAAGCCUGGCGUUCGGGGUGGGGUUAAAAGUAAUGAAUGUUACAGAGACAGCGGAGUUGUCCAAGGAAUGCACUCGGGCUCUAGUGCGCAUGCAUUACUGCUCUCAUUGCCGUGGACUCACCCUGAUCCGGGCGUGCAGCGGCUACUGCCUCAACGUCAUGCACGGGUGCCUGGCCAGCCUCUCAGAUCUCCACAACCCCUGGAGACAGUAUGUCACCGUACUGCAGGAUCUCACGCACAUCGUCGCCGGAGCUCACAACCUGGAACUUGCUUUGCUGGGGAUCAAAGGUCAGGUUGAGGAGGCCAUACUCUACGCUCAGCUCCACGGGCCCAGGCUAACUGCUACGGUGGAUAAGGUAUGUGGUCACUCUUCAAAUGUGUCUUCAACCACAGUCAGAACGUUUCCUCCUACUUCAGUCACACCGCCACCUUCCAACAGCUCACAGGACGUUCCAGGAGCCAAUAAGAUCGGCAUGUUGGGUCACCUUAACAGGGAGUUUACAGAGUAUAGCUCCCGGUAUAAGUCUUUCUUCUCCAUACUUCCGGAGACACUGUGCGAAGGAGAGAUGGGCAUCGACGAGCUCACGUGUUGGAGUGGAGAUGAUGUGGUCAAAAGUUAUACUGCAAGAGUGGUGGGCAGUGGAGUUCAUGCUCAAAGACAGAAUCCAGAAGUAAGGGUCAGAGGUGCUGACCCUGUGCUUAUGGAUGCCAAAAACAUACUUGAGCUCUUCAACAUGGAGAUUCAAGAGGUCAUGCCGGGUGUGGGGCACAGGGAGUCCUGGGACGAGAGAGGCAGUGGAGAGAGCAGUGGUGAAUGUGAUGAUGAGGACGGCUGUGAAGGCUCUGGAGAGUCUGUAGCAUCUCCCCCUCUCACAGAAGCUGAUGUAUCCAAAAAUGCAGUAAAGGUCUCCUUCCAUGACUCGCCCAUCACCCAGAACAAAUCGGAUGCUUCUCUUCCCAUGGCCAGCUUCAUCAUCAUCAUCCUCGCUCUGGCACUGCACUGGCCCUUCAUCUGAAAGGCCACAACUGUAUACACACACAGUGAUCAUAUGCACACAUGGGUGAACAUCAUGAAGAAGUGUCAGGGUCACAUUUACCUCAAAAAAACAAAAACAAAAAAAUAAAAUAAAAU